ACAGCACCCCGUCCAAGAAAAAUUGAAAAAAACGAAAAGAGAUCACCCCUUUACAAGGACCGACAGGUCCUUCUCCUCCACAAGAUAUGUGUUCAAGCAGCCCCUCUGCCCUUAACCGGUCAUUUCCCCUGCCUAUCACCCCUACCGCCGUUGAGCCUGGUCAAGUGGGCAAUAUCACCGUUAAGAAAGGGCUUACCAGAGACGAGUGCCGGUUGGCUAAAAUGGCUUUGGAGGCUAGGAAUGCCAAUCGUGAUCUCACCGCUAGGAUCAAAAUGGAUUCCGCCUUUAUGCAAUUCAAGGAUUCGGAGAUUAACGUUCUCAGGGUAAGGGUGGAGAGCUUGGAGCAUGAAAACAGACAGUUGAAACGGGUGAUAGCGGCCUUAGAGGCUGAGAGGAAGAAGGAAGAGGGGGCGAAAAAGCGUAGUGGAAGAGAGAGUCGUGAAGAUGUGACCUUUCUAUCCAAGUGUGUUGAAGAGAUUGAUAAGCUGGACGACGUGUCUGAUGCGUCUGAGUCACUUCUCCUGGGACUUCCAGAUGACCCGGAGGCUGCGAGAACCUUUGUCCCAAGAGAUUUGGGUCCCAUGUUGGGCCUAUCUACUGGUUUAGAUAUCCGUGACCAGUCCGGAAAUUGGGGUAAGAUCGCUUCCUGUUGCUUAGCCAUACAAAACUUUAACAAUUUUAGUUGCCAAACGUCUACAAGUACGAAAGUCCUCCAAUAUCGUCAUAGGUGAUGAUUCUCUGGAUGAAGAUCCCGUACCAAACCGUCCGGCAAAGAGUAAAGCCAUCGCGGAAUCUACGAAACACAGUACUGUCGAAGGAGGCCAUCUGGGUGGGAAGAAUCCGGAGAACCUGGAUCUAGGAGCUAAUGCAGGAACGACGGGGGUUUCUGGUGACAAUCCCUCAGCUCUUCCGAGUGCUGUGGGUGAUGUACAGACGAUUGGUAUGCCUUGGCGCUCACAUUUUCUACCAGCUCGUCCGUUCUAACAUUUCAUUUUCCUCCAGGCGGGUUGACUGAUUUUCUUGCGGAUCCCAGCAAAAACCCCACCGAAGCCUUCAGGGGCAAGCAGGAUAUAGAGAAAGGAAAGCAAGAGAUAUCUUCGGACUUACCGAAGGAAGGAUCUUGUGGGACUGGAGGGGUUGGGAACGGCAUUUCCGUCUUCUCUAGCAAAUCCGCUAGCCCUAAGUCUAAGCAGAAUGACAUUCUCGAACAAAGGCAGUUUGAGCUUUGCAAAUCCUUUCUCAAUGAUGCCAAGAAAUCACAAAUUCAACCAUCCACCCCCUCACCCUCCUCACCAGCCUCUUCUCAGCUAUCACCUAAAGCCCCUACGGUCUUGCAGACUGUUCCGCUUGGUAAGCAGGAAAACCAAGGCAGUGCUAACCCAAUGAAGGAUGAGGCUGGGAUAUCCAUCAGCCCAUCUGAGGAAACUCGCAUGCCUUAUAAUUACGAGCACAUUCGAGAAGUCGGUAUUCACAAUCUUCCGGCGGAUAUCAACUACAGUAGGCUUUUUUCUUGCAUUCACGGAGGUGUCGUGGAGGCAGCUGUCAUAAACCCACCAACUUUGGAAGCCAGGAUCGUAUUCAUGGAACCGGAAUCAGCGAGGCGUUUCUAUAAGGUCCUAGAACGAGAAGGGGUUUGGGUGGCGAGGGAGGCUGGUGGAAGCGGUGACCAUAGAGAGGACGGGAUGGCACGGUGUGGUCUAGGGAAAUUUCUCUGGACUCCAAGAUCAGCCAUCCCAUCGCCGGAGAUGAUCGCAAAUGUUUGGGAACAUAAGAAAACCCGGUGUCUGGAAGUUAGAAACAUCUCAGGCAUGACAGUCGAGGCUAUUGCGAAGGACGUCAUGGGAUACCUGAAGUCCGGGCCCACCCGUGAGGAUGUUAUCGAAUCCAUUAUCGCCAGGAAUUCCGAUAUAACUGGGCAAUAUAUAGCGGUCAUUAGGUUCACUGCCAUUAGUUAUGCUGUCUCUGUUCAGAAUAAGAUAGCUAUGGAUAAGAGAUACAUGGGUUGCCUUUGUAUAUUCUUGCCAGACACCUGCGGGAAGCUAAUCGGGAGUAGGCCCCCUGAUAUAUGGUUUGAUGAGCCAAAGUCCCUGAGGUCUCUGAAUGGAGCCUCUAUGGAAAAGGCCGAAACGAGGCUUGGUCCGGAACUAGAAAAUGUGGGAGAUCUUACCCCCAAACUUGGUCUGAGGAACUGGAACAAGUACUCUAAUCAACAAGAUUUUCUCCGGGAGUCCUGCCCUGGUCCGCAGCCCCAGGAUCCUAAAGCCGAGAGGGGGAAAGCUUCUAAUGGAGCUCCUAUUCAGGAAAAGACAUUUCGGGAUGGAGUCAAUAACCGCGAUGUGGGGCGUAGCGUCCUCAUUACAAAUCUCCCCCAGGAUAUCGACUACAAUACUCUCUUUAGCAAAAUUCGAGGUGGACGGGUUGAACAUUUGCAAAUAUUUGAACCUGUAACUGACACGGAUUCCUUUUCGGCAUUAAUCCUCUUCGUGACCCCGACAGGAGCACAAGCUUACCGAGAUUUCAUCCGCGAAUGGCAUUUGAUGGUGGGGGAAAGACGGAUCACUCGCAAAGACCACAUCCCUUCGGGCCUGUUCAACCACAUGAAUAUCCUCCCAGCAUCUACAAGUGGCACUGGCGUUACUAGAUGUAUUUGCAUUUAUAACAUGCGAGAAAAAAUCUCGGAAGAAGACGUCAAAGCGGAUCUUAGGGGAAUAGGAAUGACUGAGAAACUGGUGCAAUGGGAUAGUGCCAACAUAGAGCGUUCAGGAGGCGAGGAUGGGGUUUCGAACAUCUUCUUGCGCUUCACUAGUAUCGCCGGGGCUCUCUGGGUAAGGAAGGCGCUUGAAAAGCUGGAUCGCUACGAGGGUUGCAUUUUUAGGCAUGCGCGCGAUCCAUGUGCGAACGGUGUGGACGAGCUUGUCGAAGCGCGCAAUCCUGCUGGUAAACAGACCUAA